CCGGACCGGCUCGGCGGGCCGGCCGGGCGGGGCGGGGCGGUGCGCGCUCCCCGCCGGCCACACCGGCCGCCUGCGCGGCCAGGGGCGUUCGCGGGCGGCGCCGCGGGCCCCAUGUUCGGCGAGCUGAGGACCAAGCGAAGCCCCCCGCGAGGCCGCGCCGGGGCUGUGCGCGCGGGCUUCGGGGAGCACCGGGAUGUGGACGCCACUGCGCACUUCAGCUUCUGCCGGACCCUCCUGGACCACACGGUGUCAGCGGAAAGCAUCCCCCGCCACCUGCCUCGGGCACCAGGCACCAGCCUCACGUGGCACCAUGACUCACGCAGCCAGAGACCCAUCAAGCUCCUACAGCAACCUGGCACAGAGGUCCCCCAGGGUCAGCUGUGCCUGGACCACUGCGGCCUGUACCAUACCAGCCCCUUGCCAGGCGGCCUGACACGACCUGUGGUGCUGUGGAGUCAGCAAGAGGUGUGCAAGUGGCUCAAGAAGUCCUGUCCACAUAACUACCUCGUCUACGUGGAGGCCUUCUCCCAGCACGCCAUCACUGGCCGGGCCUUGCUGCGGCUGAAUGCGGAGAAGCUGCAACGCAUGGGGCUGGCACAGGAGGCCCAGAGGCAGGAGGUGCUGCAGCAGGUGCUGCGUCUGCAGGUGCGCGAGGAGGGACGGAGCCUGCAGCUUCUCAGCCAAGGUCAGUGGCCUGGGCCGGGCUGUGAUUAGGCGCAGGGUGCAUGGGACGGCCUCUUGGUGGGGCCCGAGAAUGCGACCAUGCCCCUCCCCACCCCAUCUGCCCCACAGCUUCCUUUGGGAACAUGUCCUAGCUGCUGCUGAGGCUCGGACCCCAGACCCCAGCACUGUGACCCGGGCCUGUGGCCAAGGAUGGCUCAGCUCCCCCUGGACGCUGCAGGAUGCUCAGUGGACUGGAGGAGACUCUGGGUGGGCUGGGGCCCCUUCUUCUGGCACCUGAACUCUGGCUCCCUAGUGCUCCUGACCACUUGAGGGGCAACUGGCUGGGGCCAGGGUGGGUUUGGACAGCCCCUGGUCGGCCAGGUGCCUGCUGCAUCAGGAAGCUGGCCUGUUUGCUGCCCGCAGGGGAUGCACUAUCUCCACUCCCUUAGCUC